UGCUGUCACACUUGACGUUUGAAAUGUGACGUGUAAAUAACCAAAUAACCUAAAUUAUCAUCAAACCCAAUAAAAGCAAUUACUUUAGUUUUAUUAAAUUUGUGAUUUGAUAAUUCACAAUGGUUCUGAUGACUAUGAUAGCUCGUGUGGCUGAUGGCCUCCCGUUAGCGGCAACAAUGCAAGAAGAUGAACAGUUUGGUCAUAGCAUUUUAGACUACCAGAAUCAAGCGAAAAUGUUAUUUCGAAAAUUAGGCCCCCAAUCACCUCCUAGAUGUACGAUAGAAACUGGACCAUACUUGUUUCAUUACUUGAUUGAGUACGACGUUUGUUAUUUAGUGCUAUGCGAAAAAAAUUAUUCAAAACGCUUGGCGUACUCGUAUUUAGAGGAUAUAGCUCAGGAGUUUCAUGCACAAUAUGGAAAAAAAGUGAACACAGUCACUAGACCAUAUACGUUUAUUGAAUUCGACACCUACAUCCAAAAAGCGAAGAAAGUUUUUACCGAUUCAAGAUCACGUCGUAAUUUAAACACUAUUAACAAUCAGUUGCAAGAUGUCCAACGAAUUAUGGUUCAAAAUAUUGAUGAUGUUCUACAGAGAGGAACAGUGUUAUCUGAAUUGGACACUAAAACUCAAAAUCUUUCGAUGUUGACGCAGAAAUACAAGAAGGAUGCAACUUAUCUAAACACCAAGUCAAUGUAUGUGAAAGCAGCAGCUGGAUGUAUUGUUGUUUUCGUGUUCUUUUUAUACUUUUGGGUUCUUUAGACUGAAUAGUGGUAUUUGUGUAAUCACAGUUGUGUGAUAAUACUUUUCUUCUAGGGAUUUAAUUACAUAUGUGGUCUAGAAUAUGUAUUUACUUCAAUAAAAAUGUUUAUUUUUAA